ACGUAUAUAUAUCGCAAUCGUCUUCAUAAUUACCGAGAGACAUUUGCCUUCCGCUCUCCUCUCCCUAGUUCUUGUGCAGAGCGCCCCCCACCGCCCUCUCCCUCCUCCCCACAGAACCUCUCUCUCUCUCUCUCUAACUGACCUCCCUCACCCUUCCUCUACCCAACACUUCCUUCUCUCUCCUCUACUCCACACUGACGAGUAGAUACGCUCACAUAUACAUACACACGGCUUCCUCUCUCUCUAAUCUCCCUCCACAAUGUCGGCCCUCAGCGACGACGAUUCCCGCAUCCCCGCCAUCAAAUCUAAAAUCCGCGUCGUCCCCAACUUCCCCAAACCAGGGAUCAUGUUCCAGGACAUAACCACACUGUUACUCGAUCCGAAGGCCUUCAAGGACACAAUCGAUUUGUUCGUCGAGCGGUACACGGGGAAAAACAUAUCGGUAGUGGCAGGAAUAGAGGCCCGUGGAUUUAUAUUUGGUCCUCCCAUUGCGCUGGCUAUAGGAGCAAAGUUCAUUCCUUUGAGAAAACCGAAGAAGUUGCCUGGUGAAGUUAUUUCUGAAAAGUAUGUCUUAGAAUAUGGUACGGACUGUCUAGAGAUGCAUGUCGGAGCAGUAGAACCUGAUGAACGUGCCUUGGUGGUUGAUGACUUGAUUGCUACUGGUGGAACCCUCUGUGCGGCAAUGAAUUUAUUGGAGCGUGCUGGGGCUGAAGUUGUUGAAUGCGCAUGUGUAAUUGAAAUACCAGAUUUAAAGGGACGCGAUCGAUUAAACGGAAAGCCAUUGUAUGUACUUGUGGAGUCUCACUAGUACUGUCAGAGGAUACUACCAUUUUAUUCCCGUGCUCCAGCAUGACAAAAUGUACAUGGGAGGGCUACUGUUGGUUUUACCCAUAUGAGUCUUCCUUCAUUAUUUGCCCCUCAUUUCUUUUAUAGUUCUAGUGAAUUUUCAGUAAACCUUUGGUGGUUGAGACCAAUUCUCUCUCUACUGUAGAAACAUUUUACAUUUAUUCAUGUGGAGGGUCUAUUGAGCGAUA